GAUAGAUAGUAGGUAUUCACAUCGCGCAUCUUUACAAUGGUGUGAUUCCAGAUUUUUAUUUGUAAGUAUUUAUAGAAUCCAAUAUCAAUUUAGACAAAGUGCCCGUCAUAAGAUGAUAAAACAGUGAAAUGAAUCCGGUGAUGUCGAACGAGAGAUAGCACCUAACAACCCGUUUAAGCAAUACUUCUUUCCAAAUCUUCCUAAAGACUGUUUUUAAGGUUUAGUUUCCCGCAACGAGGCCAGAUGUGCAGAGAUGCCAACAUUGAGAGAGAUAAAAAAGACGGAAUUAGUAAUUUAUUUUAUUAGUAUUAAUUAGACACCUCCUAGUUAUCGCUUCUAGUGUUUACUAACCAUUAAAACAAAUUUAUAAAAAAAAAAAAUUAAAUAUUCUAACUGAGAUUUCGAUUAAUUUAUUAAUUAAUUAAUUGAUUGAUUAAUUUUAAACGAAAUGAACUUUCACGAAUAUAAUUUUAAAACGAAUGAGAAAAGGGAAAUCGUUUGAUGGACCAAUAUGGACAAUAUGCAGUCGAAUGUCACUUUGAGGAACAAGCAACGGAAAGACAACUUGAUAACACGGAAACAGGACAAGAGUCCGGAGAAGAGUAUCCGAGGGACCCGGGGGGCUUACCGGGCUGUGCCUUCGACUUCGAAGAAUGAGGAGGAACCAGAGCGGCUGGACCGGUCCAAGAAGUUCAUCUCGCAGAACAAGCCGGGCUACGGGCUGGGCAAGAGACCGGAGUUCCUCAAGAACAGGAAUGUGCAUUUAGCCUCCUCGCGAUAUGGACAGAUGACGUCGGGGCUGCACGGGAUCGCGGCGCCGGCGCACCAUCUCGAGCCCGCCGUGUUGCCCAAGGAGAAGACCGUCCAUGGGAAGGAGAAGACCUUUAAGGUGGUGGUCCCAGGCGAGGUCGGCGUGCUGAAGCCGGCCCUGGGGCCACGGCCUUACAAUGCCCUGGCCAUCAUCCACACCCAGCCCAGCAACACCUUUGACAUGCUCAACUCGCUCACCACCAGCGUUGCGAACCAACCGGUCGGCGUGAGCGUGGGCGGCUACCGGCGCCGCAGCUCGGGGCAGGGCGCGCUGUGCGACCCCGAGCUGGACGACAGCGGGAACAAGCUCGUGGCGCGCCUCGAGGACGACGCCUUCAUCUCCGAGCAGGACCUGGAAGAAAACAUCGAGAUAGCAACAAAGACUGUUCGACCAGAGGACGCCGAAGUGGAGGAGGAGGGUGCGGAGCCUACGAAACCCGCCAACGGGCUAGUGUACGGGGACCUGGAGUUGGACAAGUUGGAACUGCAGAAGGACAAGCAGAAGCCCGACGAGGAUGAGGAGGAACCGAUCGGAGUAUCGCCUUGCGGCAGAUUCUUCAAAUACGACAAAGAAGUUGGUCGCGGGUCCUUCAAGACGGUGUAUCACGGACUCGACACACAAACCGGCGUCGCUGUUGCUUGGUGCGAAUUGUUGGAGAAAAAGCUAAACAAGACGGAGCGUCUCCGCUUCCGCGAGGAAGCGGAUAUGUUGAAGAAACUACAACACCCGAACAUAGUCCGCUUCUACAACUACUGGGAGGGCGUCGUGGCCAAGAAGAAGAACAUCGUCCUUAUUACGGAGCUAAUGCUAUCCGGGACACUUAAAGCUUACCUUCGAAGAUUCAAGCGAAUCAACCCGAAAGUGCUGAAGUCCUGGUGCCGGCAGAUCCUCAAGGGGCUCAACUUUCUACAUUCUAGGACUCCUCCUAUAAUCCAUAGAGAUCUGAAAUGCGAUAAUAUCUUCAUAACUGGCACGACAGGCAGCGUCAAGAUCGGUGACCUCGGCCUCGCUACGCUCAAGAACCGCAGCUUCGCCAAGUCUGUCAUCGGCACGCCCGAGUUCAUGGCGCCCGAGAUGUACGAGGAGCACUACGACGAGUCCGUGGACGUGUACGCGUUCGGCAUGUGCAUGCUGGAGAUGGCCACCGGGGAGUAUCCCUACUCGGAGUGCAGCGGGCCCGCGCAGAUAUACAAGAAAGUCGUCUCGGGGGUGAAGCCACAGAGUUUAGACAAGGUGACGAUACCGGAAGUGAAAGACAUCAUCGAAUCGUGCAUAAAACCUGAUAAAGGAGAUCGGCCCAAAGUGAAGGAUCUGCUGAACCACGAGUUCUUCGGCGAGGACAUCGGCUUGCGGCUGGAGAUCGUGGGGAGAGACCUCGUCACUUCCUCCGAUAUCGCCAAGAUACAGUUCCGCCUUAAAAUCAUUGAUCCCAAGAAGCGAUCGUACACCCACAAAGAGAACGAAGCCAUCCAGUUCGACUUCGACAUGGAGCGCGACGACUGCCAGGACGUCGCCAACGACAUGGCCAAGGCCGGGCUUAUCAUGGAAGAGGAUGCGAGGCUGGUCUUCAAGCUGCUCAAGUCACAGCUUAUAAGCUUAACGAGGGAGAGGAGUGAGAAGAAGACUCAGAUGCUAUUCAACCAGCAGCUGAUAGAGCAGGACAGACAGCAGCAGAUGUUAUUAGAGCAGCAGCUAAGGCAGGUUAAAAUGAUCCAGAACCAACAAGUUGGACCUGUAGAAGUAACAUCUGGACUUUUAAACGGCGUCGGAUCUCAACCUUUAGCGGCCGUGCAGUUAGACCAGCAAUCUCAGUACCUCCAAGCGCAGCAGCAGCUGUUCCAGCAGCAAUUUCAGCAGCAGUACACCGAGGAGGCGAUGCAGCUGCUGCAGCACAACCUGCGGCAACAGGCUCGCCUCUCCCCCGCCGCGCCCGCCCCUCCCCAGCACCAGCUGUUGCAGCACCAGCAGGAACAGCUGCAUAAACAACAGGUUUUGCUAGAACAGAACAUGAAACAGCAAGUCCUGAUGGAGCAGAAUCUUCGAAAUCAGCAGCAGAUGUUGGAUCAGACGCAACAGCUGGAAACCCAACAGUUGGAUCCACAGCAGAACAGCUUGCUCAACCAGCAGUGCAUCGCCAAUGAGAUCAGCAACCAGCACCAGGCGUUGCAGCAGCACAUUAUACAGCAGCAGCAGAACAUCAUAGCGCAGCAGGCGGUGGCCAUCCAGCAGAAGCAGCUAGAAGAACAGCUAACACAAGACAACUUCAUCGCACCUCCAGCUGUAGCUCCCAACCAGCUGGAUCCCUCGCUCCAGAACCUCCAGAACGUGCUGUCGCAGAUCAUCCAGCGGCCUGAUAGUCUCCAGUCGCGCAAGGAGUCGGAGUCUGAGCAGCAGCCGCAGCAGCAGGAGGAGCUGCAGCAGCAGCAACAAGAGCAGAUGCUGCAAAUGCAACAGAACCAGCUGUACCAGCAGGCGCAGUACAUCCCCCAGAAUAUUCUCCAGGUGGACCCCAACAUCUUAGCGCAGAGUCAACAAGUCGCGCAGGCUCAACAACAGGUGAACCAGGCGCAGCAGCAGCUCAACAUGCAGAAGCACAUGGUGGCCCAGCAACAGCUGGCCCUACAGCAGCAGAUGAUGGCGCACCAGCAGCUGCAGGUCCCGGGACAGACACUCUCCCCCCAGCACAUCCGCACCCUCCAGCAGCAGCAGUACCUCGCGCAGCAGGAAAUGCAACUGCAAUCGCAGCAGAACCUCCUCGACCAGCAGAACCUGGCGUUAUACGCUCAAAAACAGCAGCUCAUGGGGCAGCAGCAGCUCAAGGUCGAGGAGAUGCUGCGAGCGCAGAGACCCAUGUACCAGCGACAGUGCUCCGAACAAAGUCAGAUCAGCUCCGCGGACGUGCACGAUCAACUAGUCAACGAAUACCAAAAACCCCUCCAAACGCAGAUGUCGGUGGAGCAGUACAACCAGUAUUUGGAGCUGCAGCAGAUGCAGAAGGCUCCUGAGGAGUACCACCAGAUGCAUCAGAUGCAGGGGCAGUCGCUGCCUCACAAUAUGAUGAACUUUAGCCUCGCGGGCGACCGGCAGAUAUCUAGUCAUGAAGGCACUCCGGUGCAGAAUUACGCCACGAACCCGCUGCAGAUGUACCAGCCCGCCCAGUCCCAACCCAUCCACAACGUCGUGCACUACCAGAACCAGAACCAGAUGGAGCAGCAAGUGGAACAAGUGGCGCAGAUGGCGCCCAGUGUGCCACAGUCGGUGCAAAGUACAGUGCCGCAGACGGUGCAGAGUUCUGUGCCACAGUCUGUGCCCAAUUCAGUACCGCAGGAGCUGGCGAUACCUAACUCGUUGCCUCAAGAGGUUCGACCAGCGGUCUCCGAAGCGCCCCAAGCUUUAAACCUACCCGAGCCUGAAAACGGAUCAGCCAACGGCAGCAAUAAAGAACAAUUCCACACGCCGUUGACGGAAUUCCCCUCGGGAGCCACUCACGAGGCCGCCAUACGCCAGCCUGACCUCGCCUCUGUGGAGGAGAAACAGGACAGCCAGGAAGCGGGUACAGCGAUUCCAUCUCCAAUAACGGGCGACAAGAAGUCCCGCGGCUCGAAGAAGCGCUCGCGGGAGAAGGACAAGCUGCCCAAGCUUACCGUGCUAGAGGUGAAGGAGACGAACGUGGAAUGCCAGUUGGAGUCCAAGUCCAAAACGGUGACGUUCAAGUUCGACGUCACCGACGUCAACCCCGAGGAGAUCGCCACCAAUCUGGUGUCGAAUAAUCUGCUGCCGGACUGGCAGGCGAUGACGUUCAUGGAGCUGAUCAAGGACAUCGUGCAGCAGCUGGUCACCAACCCGGGGUGUACUCCCGUGCUCAACCCGCAACAUUCUGCACUCCGCCUGCAGCUAGAUAAGAUUGACUACGACAGCGAGACGACGGAGCGCGAGGAGAACCUGACGGACUCGAACCAGGACAACUCGGAGUGCACCACGCCCACCGCCAGCGCCGACCACCUGCCCCUCGCCGACCUCGCGCUCGACCCGCCCCCCGGCCUGCCCGCCCCUCCCCCCGGCCUGCCCGCCCCGCCCGCCCCGCCCCAGCACGAGCCGCCACCCAAGCCCAGCCACAUAGAUAACAUCGCCAGGAAGAUCAGCACCGCCUCGUCUAUAGGUUCCAAUCAAUCCGACGGCGGAUCCGCGGCGCCCGAUCGCGCGACCUCAGAAUCUCAGAACGGCGACAAGAAGCCCGCCGCGCCCGCGCGCAAGAUCUCCCGCUUCGUCGUCAGCCCCGUCGUGCCCGGCGCGCGCGCGCAGCCCGCCCCGUCCGGCCAACACGACGUCGAACCCGACAAACCCGACCAGAAGCUCUACUCCGAAGUCGCUAAGGAACCUAAGCCCGAAGUCAACGGGCUCGAUAAAGAACCGCAGAAAGAAUCCCUUCCUACGCAUCAGUACUCCGCACCGCAGCUUUCGCACGCGCCGCAAACUCAAGAUCAUAGGCCGCAGGAAUUGAGCAGCGCGCCGACUAGUAGCAUACCCAAUAGUAUACCUAAUAAUAUGCCUAAUAGUAUACCCAAUAGUAUACCUAAUAGUAUACAGAAUAGUAUACCGAAUGUACCCGGCGGUAUCCCGGCGCCGGUGCAGGCGAUGCCCGCUAUGCCGACGAUACCGAGUAUUCCGCAGCCGCUGCCGACGUUCCAGAAUAUCGCUCCGCUGCUGAACACUCUGCAGCCGAACUUGACGACGCCGCUGCAGAUCGCGACGGACACGCCGCUGCUGGGACUGAGUCAAGUGGGCACACCAAUGGGCGGAGAGCUCGGUCUGAACGCCGCUGUGAGCCAGCAGGAGCAGCUCGCGAGCCGCCUGGCCUUCCCCGCUCAGCCGGUGGACUCCUACCCUAACGCGGAGAACAUACAGCGGAUGCUGCUCAAACAGAACAUCAUGAACCAACAGCAGAACCUGUCCGGGCCGAACCUGCUGGGGCUGCUGAACCAGCCGGCCUACCCGCAGCCCGACCUCAUGCUGCACAACUCGCUCCUCAACAACGCGUGCUCGCAGCCUGGUAACUACUCCGAUCAAGCCCACCAUAGCUCUCUCUCGUUGUCGCAGCGACUGCCGCCCUACUCCGCCUACCAGCCCAUGCUCGCUACCGCCAACGACCUUUACGCCCAGCAGGGCGCGCUGCAGGCGGGCGCGCUGCCGGGGCGGCCGGGCUCGCUGGCGCCCGGCCUCGUGGCGCUGCUGCCGCCGCUCGCGCUCAACCAGAACCUCAUGGCGCAGAACCGCCAGAACCUGGGUCUAGCGGGCCAGAACCUAGGUUUGAGCGGUCAGAACUUGGGCCUCGGCGGCCCCGGCCUCGGCCUCGGCGGCGCCGGCCUCGGCCUCGUGUCGCCGCUCAACACGCUGCAGCGCGCGCGCGCCUGCUCCGCGCAGCGCAGGAUCCAGGAGGACUUGCAAGGUCUGGCGACGGGGUCUGUGUGCUCGUCGCAGCCCAGCACGCCCAACAAGCCGCACUCGUACAGCGAGUACAUGAUGACGCUGCAACACAAGCUCGCCUCCAUCUCCAACAGCGGCCCGGUGUCGCCGCAGUCCCCCGUGGAGUACAGCCCGGCGCUGUCGCCCACGCACCGCGUGCAGCAGCCGCAUAAGGUGGAAGCGGUAGCGGUGGCGGAGGCGCACAAGCGGCACGUGGCGGGGCUCGCGGAGCUGGACCACGAGCUCAGCAAGAUCUCGCUGCACUACAAGCAGCCGCCGCCCAAGGACGUGUUCCCGGAGCACGGCGGCGACACUCACUCGCUGCUCGCGGCCGCGGCCUACGACGGCUCGGGCGGCGCGCUGGCGGAGGCGUGGGGGCGGGGGGGGAGGGUGGCGCGCGUGCAGCCCUGCGCGCCCUACCAGCUCUGCCGCAUCCUGCAGCACGCGAAAGACAAUCUGGCCAGCGGCUCGUUUACCGGCACGGAGGAGGGCGACGCGGGCUCGCUGUGCUCGGAGACGGCGGCGGAGGCGGAGGCGGACGGAGACGCGGAGGCGGAGGCGGAGGAGAGCGCCACGUACGUGGUGACGGGCGGCGUGCGCGCGCGCACCGUGCGCGUCGAGGACGCGCUCGCGGACAGCGUGGUCACCGUCAUCGAUCCUAGUCAGCAGGUCGUGGAGCCCCGGCACACGUGUUCGGGCGCGGACGACGACCGCAGCUACCUGGUGCUGGACCCGGCGCGCGCGCUCACGGCCGCCGUGCUGGACCGCACGCUGGCGCUGGACCAGGACCCGGCCUGCGCGCCGCUCCGGCGCCGGCCCGGCACCCCCCCGCCCCCGCCGGGCGGGGGGUCGGCGAGCGAGGAGCUGGCCAGGUGGAGGAGCGGAGAUUACGGUUGGCCUUGGGCGGAAGGCAGCAUACUGGAGGCGGAGCUGUGCUUGGCUCGUGUGCGGCGCGCGGAGCGGGGGCCGGGGGCGGGGGCGGGGGCGGGGCCGGGGCCGGGGGGGGAGCGGCGCGGAGACCUCGUCGCAGACGUGCUGGUGCGGGAGGCGCUCACCGACCGGGCGCUGUGCCGGCAGGUGGUGCUGCUGGCGCUGCACCCGGCGGCGGGCUCGUUAUGACCUGUGUAGCGAUUCACACUGUACCUUAUAUUUAUUACGCUGUAACAUAUACAUAAUCUAUAUCAUUACUCGUAAAUUAAAUAUUCAUAUGUGAUAUCUA